GUUUUGUGUUGACAGCAAAAGUCAGUCGAAACCGGUCACCGUCGUCUCCAUGUAGAGAAAGGAGACCGGCCACCGUCUCCUGGCCGCUCAUGUCGCUCAGCCGCUCGCGCGCACAACCGGCAAGGGAAAUAGGAAACGGAAUCGCAAUCGGAAUCGGAGAACAAGUGAACAACUGCGUUUUAAAUUAACCCGGCCGCCUCCUCCCCUGCUGCUGUGCUCGCUCGCGUGUCCGGCGAAAAACCAUCCUCCGCUGCUGUUUCGUGUUGCUUCUAGGGUUUUAGCCUGCGCCGGCCGGCCGGCGACUCGCCCUCGAUAUCUCCGUGCUUGAUCGAGCAAUGGCGAUGCAAGCUGAUUCUCGUGAUACCCCUCCAGAGGAAGUGCUAGAACUUCUCUCCUUUUUCGUUAAGCAUUACUACCAGAGUCUGCACGCGACACCAGACCAGGCGUACAAAUUUUAUAAAGACAGCAGCACCAUUGGCCGGGCAGGUUCGGAUGGAGUCGUGGAAUAUGUGACAACACUGCCCGAGAUCAAGAAAAACUUAAUGUCUAUGGACUUCAGCAAAUACUUGAAGAUUCUGAUACAUACUGUAGAUGGAGUGCCAUCUCUCAAUGGUGGUGUGCGCAUUGUUGUCACUGGAUCGUUAACCAUGUCUGAUGGUGCUUGCCAGAAAUUUAACCAGUCGUUCUUCCUUGCACCAAUAGAAGGUGGCUAUUUUGUCCAAAGUGAUAUAUUAAGAAUUAUGCCUGAGACGUCGCCACCUGUGGUGAGUCAAGCCGACAAUCAUCAAAAUGAGAUCAAGCAGGAUGUCGGAUCUAUUGCUGAACCAAGAGAGGUGGAGCGGGUGAGUACUGACCAUGUGUCGGCGUAGAAUAAGGUUGGUGACUUGGUAGUUCUAAACCCCAUUGCUAAUGGCACGGCAGAUGAAAAUUAUGAUGACAUCGAUCUAUUUCUGCAAGUGACCAAAGAGGAUCCUGUUGCUGCUUCUCCUCCAUCAUCUCAACCUAAUCAACCUCAAAAGGACACUACUAGCAGGUCUUACGCGUCAACUGUGACUUCCCUGUUUUCCCGUCUACUUAAUGUGAGGGGUUAAGUUUGAUCGAGUGGGUCUCAAAGCCAUAAAAAUGCCCUAAAUUCUUUUAGAAAGGUGGCAUUGCUCUUGACCCAAGAAGGAAUUCUCCAACU